UCUCUCUCUCCUCUCUCUCUCUCUCGCUCUCAUAUUCUCCUAUCACAGUCUGGUUCAGUGCCACUCUUGCUGACAUUUCACCUAGCUAAUCAGUUAAUUGGAAAGGUUCACCCCUCAUUGUUGGUGGGGGUGCAAACUACUACAAACUACAAAUGGGAAGACACUCUUGCUGUUACAAGCAGAAACUUAGGAAGGGUCUUUGGUCACCUGAGGAGGAUGAAAAACUUCUCAAGCAUAUUUCUAAGUAUGGUCAUGGAUGUUGGAGCUCAGUUCCUAAGCAAGCAGGUUUGCAGAGGUGUGGUAAGAGCUGCAGGCUUAGGUGGAUCAAUUACUUGAGGCCUGAUUUGAAGAGAGGUACAUUUUCACAAGAAGAAGAAAACAUCAUCAUUGAACUUCAUGCAGUACUAGGGAAUAGAUGGUCUCAAAUUGCAGCACAAUUGCCUGGGAGGACAGACAAUGAAAUCAAGAAUCUGUGGAAUUCUUGCUUAAAGAAGAAACUAAGGCAAAGAGGUAUAGACCCUGUCACACAUAAGCCACUGUCUGAGGUUGAGAACGGAGAGGAGGACAAGACAAGGAGCCAAGAAAAAGUACCAGAAUUAUCCAAUGAAUUGAACCUCCUAAAUUCAGAAAGCUUCAAGUCAGAUGAAGCCUCCUAUGAGCACAGAACAUCCCCAAUUGCCCCAAAAGGGUAUGCAACCGAGAUGGAAGGUUCUUCCAGCUCCAAGAUUAACAGCAAAAACGACCCCAACUUGAUAACCAACUGUUCUAAUAAGGACUUGUUUUUAGACAGGUUUAUGACAUCCCACCAAGAGAGCUACACCACAAGUUGCCAACCCUCAGAUUUGAUGGGAAAUUACCCUCUUCAGAUGAGUUAUGCAUCAUCCACAGACACUCUCCCAACCAAUUCAAACUCUUGUCAUUGGUUCAGCCAAACUGCAAGGCCGUUUGAUAUGAACUCUGAAUUCACUUCCAAUGUUAUGUCUAUUCUUCCCCCUACAGCUACCUCAUUCCUCAAUUCUAGUUCUUUUUGCUACAAGCCAUCACUUGCUGUCCCCUCAGAAGACAUUUCAAUUUCAACAGCCUCUUUUGCUUUGAAUGGAUCCAAUUACUGGGAAGCCAGUGCCUCCAACAACAGUAAUAGUAGCAACACAAGUGAUGGCAGCAGAGAAUUGACAAGUAGCAGCCCCUUAAACGUGAAGAACAGUGUCCUUUCUUCAUGGGGUAUGACAGAUUGUAGCACCUCCACCAAAGAGGCUCAAAUUUCUCUGAUGGAAAACCAAACAGAAGAAGCCAAGUGGUCUGAAUACCUUCACAACCCAAUGUUAAUGCUGGCAGCUCCUGAAUCUUUAUGCAACCAGAUAAAGCCAGCUACACAUUUGGUACCUGAUCAUGCUUUAGGGGCCAUGUUGCCUCAUUCAAAGGAGCAAGAACAGUCCCAAACUUCAAGUAUCUUUUCCAAGGACAUCCAGAAGCUAACAGCAGCUUUUGGACAUAUAUAGCAUGAGGAUUUGACAUAAAGAAAAUAUUUUAGAGGGGCUCCAAGGGAUUUCUCAUCUUAGUACAGGUGUGUGAAACCACAGAUUUUGCUCUUGUAUAUAGGCCUGUCAGAAAAACAUUUCUUUCACCAUCUUCAUUUGUGAACCAAAAUCAUUUGUCAUUUAACAUCUCGGGUGUUGGGUAGAAUAGAAUUGCAGAAUAACGAUUGCUCUGCUUUGCUCUAUCUACUCUUUCUUUCUUUGCUACACUGUUAAGUGCAUUACAAUGGUGCAUUUCCAUAUCUAUGCCAUCACAGAUGUUUAUUUGUGCACGAGAAGUUUCACUUUUCUUUUCAAUGGUUGGCUGGGACACACACACACUAUAGUUACUUUGCCUACAAACAAUUUACCGAAUCUCUUUCAUCCGGGGUUUGAUAUUGAUAUUGAUAUUCUCUCACCACACUAACUUUCACACUACUCAAAAUGAC